AAUUGGUCAUUGCAACAGAUUCCUCCUAUGGCUCCUACUAUGUGGAUGCGGACUACCCAGUGACCAAAACUCUGAGGGAUCCUGUGGCUGUGGAAGUGCACAUCGUGAACAGGACUGACCCUAACCUUGUGCUGACUCUAGGGGACUGCUGGGUCACUCCAGGACCUUCUGCUUCCAGCCAGCCCCAGUGGAGCCUUCUGGUGAAUGGGUGCCCAUACGCAGGGGACAACUAUUUGACUAGCUUGGUGACAGUGGACAGCACAUCUGGAGUAGCCUACCCAAGUCAUUACAAGAGAUUUGUGUUUGAGAUGUUUGCUUUUGUGGAUCCUGUAGCUCGGCAAGCCUUGGCUGAAAAGAUCUUCAUCUACUGUGUUGCUGCUGCCUGCUAUCCCUCUGCCACAGACCCCUGUACUCAGAGCUGCCCUGUAAGAAGAUCUGGCAGAGCUGCAGACAAGGUGGCACAAAUUGUUUCCUCCAGGAAGAAUAUGCUCCUUCACAGUGGUCCUGUGGUCUUUGUGGCUGACGGUAUGCAAACAUCCAGACUGGAGCAGAAAGCCUCUCUUCCCACUGGAUACCUGGUACUGGGAGCUGCAGCUGCCAUGUUGAUGGUGAUCCUGGUUUUAGCUAUAGUUGCUUUGAGAAGGUUGAACAAGCAGAAAGUGAAUCUGAAAUAUUAAAUAAAGGCUCUUCAUGAA